AUGCCACCUUCUCUGGUUGCCGAUUGUGGCUCGGAAGAGCUGUUCAUGGAUAUGCUUCUGCAAAACUUCCCGAAAACAAAGCAUCCAUACGAUACAAUCACUAUGGGCAUGAUAUUGGCCCCGUCUUUUGCCGCUGUGGUGUGCAAUGAAAACGUCCAUUUACCUACUCUCCUUUCUGACUUGGUCACUUUGAUGCUAGUGGCGUGGGUCGUUCGGUUCUUGUCAAACUGGCCUGAACGGUGGGUGAAACACUUGAAACAGGUGAGAACAAGCCUACUUAAUUUCGUCAAUUCCGUGAAAAUCGAAAUCGGCCAGGCCUUCUUUUUACCUGAAAUGGCUCUUAACAGAAGGGUUUUUGUAAGUAAUCUUGUCGCUGCUCAAAGACUACUUAGGUUCGAGCAGCUUGCGUGGCUUGGGGGUAUUGGUGGUACCCUCGCUGGCGCUGCUUUGAUGCUAGUUACGAGAAAGUACUUGAUUUCGCCUACUGAUUAUCGGUCAGAGGUUUUUGGCAAUUCUACCAUUCUUUUAUACGUGGUGUGGAGUUUUUUUAAAUUGGCUCUGCAGUAUUUGGAUUCGUUAAAGUCUUCAAUUACCUUUACCAAGACUGCUACUGUGGAAAGCACCGUGACAGAGAAUAAUCUACUGUACUACAUCGAAAUGUUUUGCCUGGAAUCGCCCGUGGUGUUGCCUACGAUGAGUCCUAAAAAACCCAAGGAAGAACCUCCUAAGGAACGGACAGAACCUACUACUUUCUGCCCAAAACAACUUAAUAUGAAAUCCAAGAACCCGCUUAACCGGACCUUGGCGGCUUCCAAACCCAAGAAGCCUUCGAAAAUGGUGAUUAUCCCAGAACACCAACCUGUCAAGCUUAAAGAACCAGAAUCCAAAUUGAAACCUCUGCCUUCGGUCGAACGCCCCAAGAAAUCAGUUUCAUUUACUCCGUUUCCCUUGACAGGUUCAGGUUCAAGUUUCAGAAAGAGAGAUGCUGCCGCUGGAGACCCUCUCGCUACGCUUUCACCAAUAGCAGAAGACCAGGAAUUGGCUGGUGUUGAUCCAAUCCAGACUGAACCAGUGGUUUCCGAACCAUCAGUUAAAGAGAAGCCAAAGAAGCAAGGCAGAGUCAGUGUCACUGGAAUCACGAUUCCAGAAACGUCCAAUCCGUCCAUCACCAGGCAACAGUUCAGGGAAUGGCAUCUCAAGGAUAUGGAGUCGCUGACACCGCUGCUGCCACUGUCGCCGCCCAUGCCGCUUCUGCCGCUUCUGCCGCUCAAAGUAUAUAGGACAGAGGAUUCCGACGAGGUUGUGGGACGUAUGAGAAGGUUUACAGACGUCCAGAGCCAGAAGGUGCAAAACGACUGGAAAGAGGUCCGCAGCAAGCUCACGGAUCUCAAGGAAAGCUGCUACGAGUCUGCGUGGCAGUACGCCGAGUCCGUGAGCCAGAUGGAUAUGCUGGAGCUCUUCACGCUCUGGUUUUUCAUCCGAGUGUUUGUGUUUGUCCCCAUCCGGCUCGCCAUGAGAGUUGCCUUUCUCUUCUUCCGGCUCCCCUUCAUGGUGGCCCGGCUCUACGUGUCCAUCACGCUCUUCAUCCCCGUGUUGAUCUUCAAGAUCGCCGUGUUGGCCCCAGCAAGGCUCUUUGUGGCCUUUCUUCGGGACUCCAGCACCAAGGAAAUCGGGUUCCACGAGUACAGAAUGGCCCAUCUGCUCCCGGUGCUUAAGGACCGAGUGACCCUCAAACUUCUCCGCAAGUUUCUUCGUCUUCUUCAGGUCGACGUGGAGGACUCGCCUCGGUCCCACCCGACCCCUGUGGAAUUGCUCUGA